UUCUCUGGAUACUGAAAUCAUUCUGUUCAUCUCUCUAGCCACAUUCCACGAGCCCAGCUACCCUUUAAUCAGGGAGAUUGAAGAGAGGGAAGGCUCCUGGCAAAGUUUCCCUUCUGAUUCUGAGAACGAGCCUUGGAUGAAGCACCAAGUUUACUGGAGCUGACUCAAGUGAGGGUGGCCUUGUAGUCAGGAAGGGAGGUGCUCUGGGGUUCAGUUCAGCUCCACUCAGCAGGCAGGCCCACUCUGCCCCUGUGGGGUGCACACAUCUUCUGUGGGGGUGCUUCUGGAGGAGGUCGGCCUUCUAAAACCCCCAGCAUCCUGGAGACCUUCAGAGGGCUUUAUCUGGUGAUCUGGGGCUUAAAUGCAACGACUACCUUGUUGAUCCACUUCCUUUACUUGAUCUAGUUAAAUUAGCCCUUUAGCUUGAGUCUGGGCAUUUUCUGCCAUUAAAAGAAUCCAGCAAAGCCUGUUCUAUAAUCUUGUAACAAGGAUACCAAGAUCCCUGUGGGCUCUAAGCCUUGGCCUGCAUUAUAAGAAAGAGAAACAAGCAAGAACGCCCAAGCAAGCCUCUGAGCCUGGAGCAAUAAGAUCAAACCUGAGAAGCACAGGCCUCCUCUGUCCUCACGGUGCUUCUUCUUCUUGAGGGAGGAAUGUUCUCCUCCUCCUCUCCUCCCUCCUCUGGAGUGUUAGAGAAUAUCUUCCAGCAUAUUGAUCUUCAUCAAAAUGAAUUUAUUCAGUCGCUUAAGGAGUGGGUGGGCAUUGAGAGUGAUUCUGUUCAGCCCCUACCUCACUUAAGACAAGAAAUCUUCAAGAUGAUGGACAUAGCUGCAGACAAGCUUCGACACUUAGGAGCCACUGUGGAUUCAAUAGACAUGGGAUAUCAGCAGCUACCUAAUGGGCAGAACCUUCCAAUACCUCCUGUUCUUCUGGCUGAACUUGGUAAUGACCCGAAGAAGCCCACUGUGUGUAUUUAUGGUCACUUGGAUGUGCAGCCUGCCAAAAAAGAGGAUGGGUGGCUUACAGAUCCCUUCAGCCUCAUAGAAGUUGAUGGAAAACUUUAUGGACGGGGAACAACAGACAAUAAAGGACCUGUUUUAGCUUGGAUUAAUGCAGUGGCUGCCUUCAAAGCUCUAAACCAAGAUAUCCCCGUGAAUAUCAAAUUUAUCAUUGAAGGAAUGGAAGAAGCAGGUUCCAUUUCAUUAGAUGAGCUUAUCAAAAGAGAAAAAGAGCGUUUCUUCUCUAGUGUUGACUACAUCGUCAUCUCAGACAACCUGUGGAUCAGCAAGACAAAGCCUGCACUCACCUAUGGAACCCGAGGAAAUAUCUAUUUCACUGUGGAGGUGAAAUGCAGGGAUCAAGAUUUUCAUUCAGGAACUUUUGGUGGCAUUCUCAAUGAACCCAUGGCUGAUUUGGUAUCCCUUCUUGGCAGCUUGGUAGAUUCUUCAGGCCAUAUUCUGAUUCCUGGAAUCUAUGAUAAUGUGGCUCCCCUUUCAGAAGAGGAAAAGAGGAUGUAUGAAGCUAUUGAUCUGAACAUGGAAGAAUAUCAAAAUAGUAGCCAAGUGAAAAAAUUCCUGUUUGACACCAAGGAGGAAAUCCUCAUGCACCUGUGGCGGUACCCGUCUCUUUCUAUCCAUGGGAUCGAGGGAGCAUUUGAUGAGCCAGGAGCUAAAACAGUUAUACCUUCCCAAGUAAUAGGAAAAUUUUCAAUCCGCUUAGUGCCUCACAUGAAUAUUUCUGUCGUGGAGACACAGGUGAAAAAGCACCUUGAGGAUAUAUUCUCUCAGCGCAAUAGUUCCAACAAAUUGAAAGUCACUAUGACACUGGGAGUCCACCCGUGGGUUGCUAAUAUUCAUGAUCUUCAGUAUGUGGCUGCAAGAAGAGCAAUCAAAACAGUGUUUGGAGUAGAUCCUGAUAUGAUCCGAGAUGGAUCAACUAUUCCGAUUGCUAAAACAUUCCAGGAUAUCAUCCAAAAGAGUGUGAUGAUGCUACCCAUAGGAGCUGUUGAUGAUGGAGAACAUUCUCAAAAUGAGAAAAUAAACAGGUACAACUAUAUAGAGGGAUCCAAAUUAUUUGCAGCCUUUUUCCUAGAAGUAGCUAAGAUGCACUCAUAAUUUACUCAAAUUUCCAACCCAUGACUACUAAACUGCCAAACCCAACUGAACAAGGAUGUCAUCUGAAGACAGAAAAACUUUCCUCUGCGGUGAAGAGUUUGUAAAUUGCUUCAUUUAAAAUGUCUUGGGAAAUUUGGACAAAUAAUAAAACAUUCUAUAAGCAGAGAUGUUGAAAAUGUUUAAUGAUACCUGUCAUGUGGUCCUAAAGUCAAAACCAUUUUCAGCAUUCUAAUUCUUACCUCUAUCUUGAUGCUACAAAAACAAUGUUAGGUCCAUUUUAGCCUUUUGUAUAGGUUGAGAACAGGGUAAUUACUUUAAUUAGUUUCUCAGCUUGCAAUCUGAUCAGUACAGAAUUAGCUGGCCUUCUUGGACCUGAACUGCUCCUGAUGCCUAACAAUCCUGCCUAAUAAUUCUAUGCCUCUGCAGUUAGUCCUUACAUAGCACUCACUAUCCCCAAGAUUUCUUUUUAUAUUAUUAAUAAAAAUGCUGGCCUCCACCACUGACUACACUGAUUUCCCCAUGGAUUCAUUUUUAGAAAAGUUACUAUAGCAUGGCAGAGUAUUAACCUCUUACCUCCAUUUCAUUUAUUUCUGCUCCAUGAAAAGUUCCCAAUGUGGAAUGAUCAAUAUUAAUACCCCAACCACUUGAGAAUUCCUAUGGCAAAGUCUGAGUUUUUCUAGUCGAAUGUUCCUCCCCACCCUUCCCACCCAUGACAGAUAUUGUUAUAUUAACUUCACUUCUUCCACUGAGUCUGUCUGGAAGGCAGACUCGUAUUGAACAUUUUUGAAUAGUUUGUAUUCCCAAUGUUGCAGCUCUAGGUAAGUUUACUGGAAGCAGCAGGAUCCCCCCAGAAACCCUUUUUGCCCCAUUGGAAAUUUUGCUUCUCUACUACCCCCAUCUAAAUUGCUAAAGGCUCUCAAUAGCAUCAGUUUUAGAUUGAGAACUAAUCAACCCUGACAAGAGUAACACAUUUUGAAAUUAGAGCUAUCAGCUAGUGCUGCAUUCAUUAAUCAUCCUGGCUAACCAUCUAGUUUGGCUUGAUUGGAUUUGAUGGUGUAAACAGAAAGAAUGCAAUUAUUUUCACAGUUGAGUUUAUGUAAACAGAAAUCAAUUCAACCUUUAAAGUUAAGUUAUGGAAAUCAUGCUAAUGGAGAGGAAUUUAGAUUUGCUCCCCCAAUACCGUCCUCAUGAUUUUGUUUCUGAAAUGGUGACUUGCAAGUAGUUUUCUUUCUUUACCUGCACUAGAGGUUCAUCCACAUACUCAAAAGGAUUUGUGGUCUCACUGAUAUUGGAAUUGUCUCCAAAUAAUGCACAUUGCAAUCCAUCUGUCCCUGCCUAUUUGCUGAUCAUAUGCAGAGGCUUUUAUUUAUGUCCUCUGUUUGCAAUGGAAGUCCACCUAACAUGCUUAGUGCCUUCUUUAAGUACUUCCGCUAGCUUGAGGAUACCCUGUAUAUAUCUCUUGCAAGUACAUAACUAUUGGCAAGUGGGCAUCCCCCAUUAGAAUGUGAGCUCCUUGAAGGCAGGGACCAUUUUGGCUUUCUUUAUAUCCCUAGCACUUAGCCCAUAGUAAAUGCUUAAUGAACACUGUUGACUUGUCUUGUUCCAACAGCAUGUGGGCUUUAUAAGGAACUCCUUAAGAAAGAGGAUUUUGCUCUUAAGCCUCAUUUUCCACUGGCCUCUUGACAAACUUUACAGAAUUAUCAAAUCUCAGAGCUGGAAGGGACUCCAGGGGAUAGCUAUUCCAAACUGUACUUGAACAAGAAAAACCUCUACAGUACAUCCAGAGUGCUCAGUCAACCUUUGCUUAAAGACCAUGGGGGAGAGAGAACCUCUUUCCUCAUUACAGAUUCACUUUUCAACUGCUCUGAUUAAGAAUUUUUUUUUUUGACAUUAGAAACUGCUGUCACUUCCAUCCUGGACUUCUUGCUCUAUCUGCCCUCUAAGACCAUGAAGAACAAGUCUAAUUCCUCUUCCUCAUGCCAGUCUUUCAAAUACUUGAGAAGUAAUGUUUCCCUUAACUCUGUUCUUCACCUGGCUAAACAUCCUUGGUUCCUUCAGCUGCUCCUCCAUUGGCUUGAUCGCAAGGCUUCUAAAAAGGCAAACUAAAACUGGUUCCAUCCAAUGCAAUAGAGAUGAAGGGAUAAUGGCUAACCUUAAUACACUUAACAAAGCUGCUGAAUUAGCAGACUAAAGAUGUCACCAGUUUGCCUCUGUUUAGCAUGAAAAAAGUAGAGAAGACUUAAUUUUCUUGAUGCUGUACACAUAGCGGCUAUAAUACCAAACCAAAAUUAGGGCAUGCAGUAAUUUAAUAGACAUUUCUAGUUCAAAUUGAGACUAUCCCAGAAUAUCUAUGACAUAUGACCACAGAUCAUUAAUAAUCAUUUUUAAAAUACCCACAUAUUCCUGGUGUUUUAUGCUAUAGAGGGCAUGGUAUCUUCUUACUGCUUUAUGUAUAUGAACUGUGGCAUUUGAGGAUUUUAUAGGACUUUGCAUAACCGAAUGGCUUUUACAGUUUCCAAGGACUGAAGGGUGCAAGCAAGAAAAAAUAUGAUGGAAAUUAUACAUGCUAAAACAUGAGUGUUUUCAGGUUAAUAAAAGUUUUGUUUAUAAGCAAUGUUCUUUUAAAGAGGAGAGUGAUUUAUACUCAAUUGGCACUUAAAUGUCUAUUAUAAAAUUGAAAUGUAGUUAAAAAAGUAACUCAACUACUUAUUAAAGUGAUUCACACAAGA